AUGCAGCACAACGAGAAGAAGGCGGACCCCCCGCUACAAAAGUUUAGACCUCGUAUGACACCGCACCUCUCCAGCAUUCUCAAGCCAGAUGUCCUCGAUGACGAGACACGGCAGCGCAUUGUCCGCAACGUGAUGGGAACAGAGCCGCACGCUCAUGACGGCCGCAAUACACCCGCAUCACCUCACCAGCUUUCGGGCGCCCGACCUGGACGAGAGGGCAAUCACCCUGCCAGCCUCCGUGAUCGCGUUUCGAGUGGAAACGCGGACCUUCUCACAGUCAUGACACAGCGGCUCAAGAUGUUGGAGUCACAGCAGCACGCCUACCGAAUGGAACUCAAGGAAAAGACAGAGUUGCUCUCGCGCGCUGAUGCAAGGUACGAGGCGGAGAAGGUGAAGCGUGAGGAGGUGGAGUCUGUUGUUGUUGAGUUAUACAACAAUGUGGAGGAGCUGGAGGAGCAGGUAAAUGAAAUGCAAAAAUUCCUCGCUGACUACGGACUGCAGUGGGUGGGAGACUGUAAAAAGAAGAAGAAAAGUGGUGGCGCGCAACAAUCCCAAGAUAGUUCACCAAAGGCUAAAGUGGCGUUGUCGUCAUGUUCGCCGCCACCGCCGCCCGGAGAUACUCAGAAGCCGUUCGAGUUAUACUCCGGGGAUUAUGUUGACCAAUCACCGGUGGUGUCGCGGAGCCCCACGCCAAGUGCAGGGCGACCAGCUGACGUGACGAGGCAUUCACCGCGUGGUGGCUUACCCGUCCAGAAAAAGGAUGCUCACCCUGCGUCUCACGUUUCUAUAGAAGUACUUAAAAGACACGCACAAAUUCUCUCAGAUCAUGUUGGCUACAAAGGUGUUGUCACGGACGGUAAGAAUGGUGGCAUCAAGGAACGCGAGGUGGUGCGUAUUGCUGUUUACAGAGAUGGCAUUUGCGUCAAUAGUGGCCCAUUUCGACCCUUUGGUUGGCCGCUUUGUGACGCCGUGCUGAGUGACCUCGCGGACGGUUACUACCCAUAUGAGUUCAAGCAGCGCUAUCCUGACGGAUUCCCCAUCGAAAUCAUCGAUCAGACAAGUGUGUGUUGCAUGGCGACGAAGAACCCAGAGCAGGGCAGCAAUGUGAAGGGCGUCCAACACACGCUGCAGGACGGUGGCUACCAGCCGUUACAACGCGAGGAGUUCCUUCAACGGUUGCCGGCCACACGCAUCACCUCCAAUGGCCGCAUCGUUCCCGUGCGUGAGGGAAUCGCCAACAUGAUCGGCGGUCGCGGCAGCAGUGACGGCCCCGUCGAGUGCGACACCGUGCGGCACGUCACCGAGGUUGAGCGACAAACGAAAGGGGAGGUGACGGGAAGCGGUACACAGGACAACAACAGCGGUGCCGCGCAGCAGCGUGUCAAGGGAUUGGUGGCGGUUCUUCUGCGCUUUCCGUCGGGUGGGAAAGUGGCGAUGUACUUGGCUCCGGAAAACACUAUCGCUGAUCUGCGCCGCGAGAUUAAAACAGCUAUGCCGUCCUUUACAGCAACCUACGAUAUACGCUUGUCUUUUCCAGCAGUAAACUUCACUGACAACGCCAAGACUCUGCAUGAGCUGGGUCUGGUGAAAAGUUGCACUCUCAUGAUACAACCGCGGACCCACGUUUCGAACACCUGA